AAAUAAAUAUUUUCAUAAAUGGCUGAACCUCAUCAUAUACAACCUUAUAGCAGAGAUAGACAUGAUUAUAGGAGAUCAAAUUCUAGAGAUCAUUAUUCAGGAUCCAGAGGGAAUUCUGGGGAGAACAGGAAAUAUGAAUAUGCUGAUCAGCCCCGCUCUAUGAUGCAUCGGAAGGAAUAUGAAUAUGAUCAUGAUCGUGACCAUCAGUAUAGAGAUAGGUAUAGAGGGAGAGAUUAUAGCGAUGAUAGACAUCAUGUGCACGUUAGUCAUUCUAGGUCUCCACAUAGAGAAGAGAUCUCCCCUCGCUAUUUGAAACAUCAAAAAUCCCCAGCAUCACCUUUGAGGGGAAGGAGUGCAAGCCCAAUCGGCCAUUCUCCUCCAAUGGCACCUCCUCCUCCGCCAAGGGAGUUCAUUCCGAUAGAUGAUCCAGUGGAGAGGAGAUCUUUACUAGCCCAACUAGAUGAGCUCAAAUCUAAGCUACAUCAUAACAAUGGGGAGCAUAAUAAAGAGAUCUCAAUAAUUAAAGUUUCCAAAGAGAAUGAAAUUAAAGAUGUUCUUGCUAAAAAGGAUGCCCUCGUCGAAGAAAGCCACCAUCGGAUUCAGUGCCUUAAAAGAGAAAUAGAAGACGAAGAGAGAAAAGCCGAGCAAAUUAAGGAGGAAAGCAUCGCAAUGCAGCAAAAUCAUGCUAACCGUGUUGGAGAACUUCAAAUGCAGAUUGAGCAGAGUCAAUCUCGCCUUGACCAAAUAAAACAUGAGCAUGAAGAUUCUGUUAGAGAGCAGAUCAGACAGCAAGAUGAGGAGAAACGUAUCCUUCGUGACGACUAUGAAAAAUUAAUAGAUCAAGUACGAAAAGAGUAUCACUCGACUCGUGAAGAACUCAAAGAUAUUCUUAAUGACCGUAACACCUUGGUAUCUGAAGCUAAGACCAAACUUGCAGAUCUGAAGCAUUAUUACACUGAAGAAAUGGAGAAUUUGAAAAAGGAGGUGGAUCAUCUCCAAAACUCAAUUCAGACCAGUAAGAGGCUUAAUGAGAAACAAAAUCAGGAGUUCGAUAUUGCAAAGAAGACUAAUAAGAAUUUACAAAAUGAGAAUUAUAACUUACAGAAAGAAAUCACUAAACUUACUAAAGAUGCGGAGAAAUAUGAGAUAGAAAAUGAGACUUUAAGAAGCAAGAUCAUGAGACUCGAUAAGCUGGUCUACGGCAAAGGCAAGAGUCCAUUUAAGAAAUUUUAUAAUUAGA